AUGCAAUCCCCCGCCCCCCUCCCCUCCGCACCCGCCACGACCCCCACCCCGUUCCAAACCCUCCGGCAAGACCCCACCUUCGCCAACCUCCUCCGCGCCCUCCCAACCGCGCUGACCUCCAGCCUCUUCAUGACGUUCGGGCUCCUCGGCGCGGUCCUCGCGUGCCUCAAAUGGGCCCUCUUCAUCGUGAUCAUCGUCGUCACUUUUGGGCUCGGCCUGGCGAUCUUGGUCGUGGCUGCCGCGCUGUUGGGGGCGGGCUUGGUGGGGCUGGCGCGGGGGCUGGUGGCUGCGGCAAAGGAAUAG